AUGUCGGAUCACACUGCCCAGGCAUUUAAUGAUACCAAUGAGAGGUGCAGACGAUCUAUGAAAUCUGUUUGGAUGUCUCAUUGGACACGAACAAGCUAUAAUGUGACAGCAGAAACUCACAAUCAUAUAGCUAAUGCUUCGGGAAACAAAGAACUUGAUCGAGUUACUAUGCAAUAUCAUCCAAUGAAUGGAUUAGAGGCUUCUAGGUCUGUGAGAAGACUUGGAGAAAUUGAAACUACAUCUCUUGAGAUCAUGAAUGAUGACCUAGGCACGAGCUCAAGGAACUUGAGAAAUGAGGUGUUUGGUUGUCAAUACAUCCCAAUGGCUAGUCCUUUUACGUAUAGUGGGAGUAGUUCCAAAGCAAGGCAUGGCCAAGGAACUGAUGAAGCAUCAGGGCCUUCUUUUGGUAGCUUUGCAGUAUCAAAGCCUUCCCAGGAGUAUUUUGUCGGAUCAUCAUCAAAUCUAGUACCAAAUGGAUUUGACAAAAGGAAAUAUGAGUAUAACAAAGGAAAAACAGCCGUCUCUUCAUUCACUGAUAGAUCUGCCAUAGUUUCCUACAAUCAAUUGGCUAAUGCUAGCCUGAGAACGCUAGAGCGUGAACAUCAUAAUAUUCACAGGAAGUCAGCAUUUUUAGUUUAUGGGAGAGAAAUAGACAGUGACUCACAAUCAGGGAAUCCCAGAAAUGCUCGAUUCAGCGAGAGUGAUACACAAAUGUCACUUGAUGCUCCCUCCAUGAGUGAUGGUCGGUUGUCAGUAUUUGGUAGAGAGCGGUUCCAGAAGAUGCAAAAGUUAUCUGGUAUGAGACCAUUUCCAAGUCAGUCCAAUGCUUUGGAGAAAACCAAAUUGAAGAAAUCACAUACUGAUCGUUAUUCUCUGGAAAAGUUGCCAAAUUUCGUGGAUGAUGCCAAGACAAUGAGAAUAUACACUAAUGUGGACUCUGGAGAAGGAGAACCUGGAGGUUGUUCCAGGUGUUCUCAGACAACUCACAGUCUGUUACUCACAAAAAAGACUGAUGUCAAUUCAUCUAAAGAAAAUGAUUUUCUCCGAGAUAGAAGAUUAGUUACUGUAUUCAACGGAAAUAAAACCGGGGAUUUUCAUAACCUGUGGCCAUAUUAUGGUCAAGGUCAGCAAGGAGUAAAGCUUCAAGCUCUAGUUAGUUCAACAGAUAGUGAAGGGAAAGAAAAUGUUAAAGGCGUCAAGUCUUCUAAAGUUAUUGUUAAGAAUGAUUCAUCAACCAAGAUUGACACCAUGGAUGUGGAUUCUUUUAAGGAGAAGAACCAGUUUUCUGCUGCAAAUUCCACCCCGUCAAAUAAGGUUAUCAGAACGGAUUCAGAUUUACCAUCUCAAAUUAAUGUUGCUUCCUCAGAAGUUGGAUGUUACUGGUCAAACAUGCUACCUAAUAGGAACUUGGAGCUUCCUGCCUUGGAGGCGGCUGCUGCAAACUCAACAGAUAAUGCAAGGCCUAGCUCCUCAACGACUAAAAGUUUGGACAUGGAUGUGCUGGUGACCCAUGCUACGCACCCUAGUAAUCUGAAGUCUAAUCCCAUUCCAGACGGUUCACAGAAAAUUGAUCCAAGCAACAGAUGGAUCAAGCGUCUCAAAUUGAGCACUUCAAAUCCCCCAGCUCAUGGCACAAAGAUCUCAGAUUUGGGUGAAAACCCAUCUCAUGAAAAAAUUAGCAGGUUCUUCAGAAAAAUUAGUAAAGACAACAUGACUAGCUCGGAACCAACAGUAGGUAAUUGUUGUGGUAAAGAAUUGAUGGUGUCUGAUAAGACUGGAGACUUAUCAGGUAAAGGCAAUUUCACUAAUGUGGACCCCAUAAAAAUCGAUAAAGAUUCAUUGCUUUCACAUACUUGGGUACAAAGGUGGCUACAUAAUGGAUCAACAAUUACCCAAAAGAAGUCUAAAUCCUUGGUGAUUUGUAAGCCACAAAGCUCGAAAUUGGCACUGGAAAAUCUCCAUGAAAAGAAGUUUCCUAGUGUUGCUGCUAUGGCAUUAAUGGGAAAGGCCAUCACCGGUUUUCAACCAUGUGAACUUCAAAACAGGGGUUCUUUCGUGGUUUGGAAUACCCGGGCUUUCUGA